CUAUGUCUGAAGGCGGAGUUGAUAGUUCUGACGUCUGGUGUCACAGAGCCCACCUCUUCCUGUCGGUGUCAGAAAGGCAACUUCACCAUAUUUAGCUGGCUUGCCGAAGCCCUGCAGAGUUGAUCUGUCAACCAGCCUGGAAAUCUUGACACUUAUCGGCAGGUCCAAUACGGUCUUGACAGCUUUUUUUCGCCCACCCGGAUACAACUUACGGAGGCCGGCGUCGUUGGGAUACGGUGCUGGAGAACGGGGUCGGUUUUAACAGCCGCUUUUAACGCCAUAAAAGUAGCCCGUCGUCUGUUAGAAAUUCAACUAUCAUUCGCGCUAGCCAGCUAGCUAAUUACUGUAGCGCCUCCGACGUACGCUUUCCCGCAGAUAACACAUUUAUGCCGCCCUUGUUAAUAUUCAUCCAUCGGUAGGAAUGUGUUUGGACUCCACGACCCCGCUGAGAUGAUAUCCUGACAGCCCCUCUCGUCUGUUCCAGCCACUUUCCUAACCCUGGCUAGCGAGCUAACUUGGCUAACUAGCGGGUUUUCGUUGCUACAGCGCCGUUGGCCAGCAGCGGUUCUCCGUCGUGGCGCUGACAUCCGAAUUCAUACUCCGGCCGAGUGCAAACGGCACUUAGAGGGGUCGCUGAAGACCAGCGGCCGUACGUAAGGACCCCCCUUUUGACAAGACACACACACGGAAAAGGGAUUUGUGGGGGGUCGGGGGAGGCUCCGGAGCCCGGGACACGCAGCACCGGUGAGGGGCUGUAACUCGUGAGGAGACGCCGGAGUUGACGGAGGAGUCCCCAACCGUUUGACAUCUGUGAUCCGGGAAGUGAACCGGGCAGGGACCUCAUGAAUGGAAAUCGGAACUACAGGAGCCGUUGGGGCCCAGGCCCUGUUCUCUAUGCCUCGGCGGCCUGGCUAUGGCACCAUGGGGAAGCCAAUCAAGCUGCUGGCCAACUGCUUCCAGGUGGAGAUCCCAAAGAUGGAUGUCUACCUUUACGAGGUGGACAUCAAGCCUGACAAGUGCCCUCGUCGGGUCAACAGGGAGGUGGUUGACUCUAUGGUGCAGCACUUCAAGGUGACAAUCUUUGGGGAUCGCCGGCCAGUCUACGAUGGAAAGAAGAGUCUGUACACAGCCAACCCACUGCCUGUGGCACCCACAGGGGUGGACCUUGAUGUCACUCUUCCAGGCGAAGGGGGGAAAGAUCGGCCCUUUAAAGUCUCCAUUAAGUUUGUGUCUCUGGUCAGCUGGCACAUGCUCCACGAGGUGCUGACCGGCCGCAGCAUGCCUGAGCCCCUGGAACUGGACAAGCCCAUCAGCACCAACCCCGUUCACGCUGUGGAUGUGGUGCUGCGACACCUGCCCUCCAUGAAGUACACUCCCGUGGGCCGAUCCUUCUUCUCUGCUCCAGAGGGCUACGACCAUCCUCUGGGAGGUGGAAGGGAGGUUUGGUUUGGCUUCCAUCAAUCUGUGCGUCCUGCCAUGUGGAAGAUGAUGCUUAACAUUGAUGUCUCUGCCACAGCCUUCUACAAAGCCCAGCCAGUUAUCCAGUUCAUGUGUGAGGUUCUGGACAUCCACAACAUAGACGAGCAGCCUCGCCCUCUCACAGACUCUCACCGGGUCAAAUUCACCAAAGAAAUCAAAGGUGAAGCCGGGAUUGAAAGUGUUCCUGCUUAUGGGGGUCGAGCUCCGAUUAAUGGAAGUGUGCAUGUGGAGCAGCCGUUUGAGCGGCCCAAUUUGAGCACAUCCCAGGCAUGUAAACGUCACUUUAAUUCUCCAGGUUUGAAGGUGGAGGUGACGCACUGUGGAACCAUGCGGAGGAAGUACCGUGUUUGCAACGUGACCCGUCGGCCUGCCAGCCAUCAAACGUUCCCUCUGCAGCUAGAGAAUGGUCAGACUGUAGAACGUACAGUAGCCCAGUAUUUCAGGGAGAAGUACAACCUGCAGCUCAAAUACCCACAUUUGCCCUGUCUACAAGUGGGCCAGGAGCAAAAGCACACCUACCUGCCCCUCGAGGUUUGUAACAUUGUAGCUGGUCAACGGUGCAUUAAGAAGCUGACAGAUAAUCAGACCUCCACGAUGAUAAAAGCCACAGCUCGCUCUGCACCUGACAGACAGGAGGAGAUCAGCAGGCUGGUGCGCAGUGCCAACUAUGAAGCAGAUCCUUUCGUGCAAGAGUUCCAGUUCAAAGUGCGUGACGAGAUGGCCCACGUGACGGGGCGAGUGCUACCCGCCCCCAUGCUGCAGUACGGCGGCAGGGUGAGCACAGAGCACUUUAUGACGGAGCUGUCAUUUCAGAACCGUACUGUAGCCACGCCCAGCCACGGGGUUUGGGACAUGAGGGGAAAGCAGUUCCACACAGGGGUGGAGAUCAAGAUGUGGGCCAUUGCCUGCUUCGCCACACAGAGGCAGUGUCGGGAAGAAAUUCUCAAGGGUUUCACUGACCAGCUGCGCAAAAUCUCAAAGGACGCUGGGAUGCCCAUCCAAGGCCAGCCGUGUUUCUGUAAAUACGCCCAGGGAGCGGACAGCGUGGAGCCAAUGUUCAGACACCUGAAGAACACUUACGCCGGGUUGCAGCUCAUCAUCGUCAUCCUGCCGGGGAAGACUCCAGUCUAUGCGGAAGUGAAGCGUGUGGGAGACACCCUUUUGGGCAUGGCAACCCAGUGUGUCCAGGUGAAGAAUGUGGUAAAGACGUCACCUCAGACUCUCUCCAACCUCUGCCUCAAGAUCAAUGUGAAACUGGGAGGCAUUAACAACAUCCUGGUGCCUCACCAACGGCCAUCAGUGUUCCAGCAGCCAGUUAUCUUCUUGGGGGCAGAUGUUACUCAUCCACCAGCCGGAGAUGGGAAGAAACCUUCAAUUGCAGCAGUGGUUGGCAGCAUGGACGCGCACCCCAGCAGGUACUGUGCUACUGUGCGUGUCCAGAGGCCCCGUCAAGAGGUCAUCCAGGAUUUGGCCUCUAUGGUACGAGAACUGCUGAUCCAGUUCUACAAAUCUACUCGCUACAAGCCCACCAGGAUCAUUUUCUACAGGGACGGAGUUUCAGAAGGCCAGUUCAGACAGGUGCUGUAUUAUGAGCUGCUGGCCAUCCGUGAGGCCUGUAUCAGCCUGGAGAAGGAGUACCAGCCAGGCAUCACCUAUAUCGUUGUGCAAAAACGCCACCAUACACGCCUCUUCUGUGCCGACCGCAAUGAGAGAGUUGGACGUAGUGGAAACAUUCCCGCUGGUACCACUGUGGAUACGGACAUCACGCAUCCCUACGAGUUUGAUUUUUACCUCUGCAGUCACGCUGGAAUACAGGGCACCAGCCGGCCCUCCCACUACCAUGUGCUGUGGGAUGACAAUUGUUUUACCGCUGAUGAGUUCCAGCUGCUCACCUACCAGUUGUGCCACACCUACGUGCGCUGUACCCGCUCAGUCUCCAUCCCCGCGCCAGCCUACUACGCCCACCUGGUGGCCUUCCGCGCACGCUACCAUCUGGUGGACAAAGAGCAUGACAGAAUGCACUUUGCCACUCUCAUGUUGUUAUUGUGGGUCAUGCGUCACAGCUGGUCCUCUCCUGAUUUCUGUAGCGCUGAAGGCAGCCAUGUGUCUGGUCAAAGCAACGGACGAGACCCCCAGGCGCUGGCCAAAGCUGUCCAGAUCCACCACGACACCCUGAGGACCAUGUACUUCGCCUGA